UAUUAUUUCGUAUUGUGUCAAUAAAGUGGAGAUGGCUUUUCAUAGAUUUGCAGGAGCAUUAGCCAAGAAGGCCUUCAAAGUUUCUUUUGCUAAUACACUUUUGCCUAAACUUGAUCAACGCUUUACUAGACAUGAUGUGAGAUGUGCUCAUACUCAAGUGAAGAAACUCGCACCAGAUGAUCAUAGACUUAUUUGGAAACUUCAGAGACUAUGUUCAAUAUGUUUGAUUAUUGCAUUGCCAAUAGACGUGAUGUACCCCUGCUUGCUUUUCGACAAUUUGUUUGUUUUGUUGAUGGCUUUGCAUUCGUUUUGGGGAGUCAACGAUACAAUCGCCGAUUAUUGUAGGCCUAUACUUUUUGGACCGUACUUUCGCAAAGCAUGGCAUGCGAUUUGGUACAUCACCUGGACGGUAGGCUUCAGCGGUCUACUUUAUCUGAAUUUCAUGGAUAUAGGAUUUGGUAGGGCGCUUUAUAAAAUUUGGAGACUGGAGCCAAAGGAUUGACCAUCGAUUUAUUCGUGUA